GUUUUGCCCUAACCCUUCACCCCUGCCGCCGACCCCAGCCCCAUCCCUUCCCUUCCUCCUCUUCCCUUCGAGCCAUCGGAAGCCCCCGCGUGGCCACAUCGAAGAUCGGGUUCUUCAUUCUUCAGAAAUCAGAACCCUCCUCGUCGCCUCUUCCUCUUCCUCUUCCGCUUCCGCUUCCGCUUCCGCUCUCCAAACGAUGGAUCAGUAAUCGGGUUGUUCUUUACAAGAAUUUUUAUGCUUUAGUUUCUCUCUCUCUUUCUUUCCUUUAUUUCAUCUUCUCUUAAUUACUAACUGUAUGGUUUUGAUCAGUAACAAGACCAUGACUACAACAUGUAGCAUCAUUGUAAACAUGCAUUUGUUAAGAUUCAUUACUUCCUUUUUAUCUUUAAUCUCUACAGUAUACAUGAAUAUGCCCAGCAUACAAGAAUAAUCAGCAAAUAAGGUUUUAAGAAUUAAGUCCUCAAAAGGUUUGAUAUGCUCAGCAGGUUUGAAAGUCACAAGCAUAUGCAUUGAUUAAAAACCAAGGGAGAUCUAGCAAACUUAACAAAGGUACAUGGGUGUUAAUUGGCAAUACUGGGAAUUUCCGAUAAAUUUGGAGAAAUAGCAAUAUGGAGAUACAGAUUUGAGUUUGCUAUUUGCUUAAUUAUAUAUUUAUUUUGGAACAUAAUACAGUUUGCUAAUUUUUUACUUAAUUAACUUAAUUUUGUAGCUCUUUAUUCUUAUAUUCUUAAGAAUUAUGAGUAUUUAUACUAAUUGCAUAAAACUUGAGAAAAAAAAAAAUUUAAUUUAAUAGCCGAAUUUUUGAUCCCGAAUUUUUAAUUAGUGAACGUAUAAUAUCCGUAUAAAUCACGUAUCCGAAUAAUUGGCGAAUCCGUUUUUUAACCGUAUUUUUCAACGAAUUUAAAAAUUAAUAGACGAAUUCUAUCCGAAUUAUAUCCGUACCGAAUUUUUGCCGAAUCCGAAUUAACUAACUAUGCUGCAUAUGUGGGCGGUGAUUCAUUUACUUUCGUAGUAUUUAUGCUAAUUUCAAAUGGAGGAUAAUCCUAAUGGAGGAUAAUCCUAUAAAUGAAUGUGGUGAAUGGUUCACUAUCUUAAACUCUGAUUUGGUGUACGCGUACCUUGUGGCAUACUUUUACAAAAUAAAAUUUUGUUAGGAUUAUUUUUAAAAUUAUAAAAAUAUGGAGGAUUAUUUAUGAAAAGAAUUCGUAUCCAUCCGAUCUUCUCUCGCUGUUGUUGCAGGAACCUUCGUGCUCUUCCACACUUCCUGGUACUUCUAAUCCGCUCUUUCCUUUGCGUCGGCGCUUCUGAGAAACCCUAGAAUUUAUGUAUCCCACGACGACUUCGGCAAUGAGCAGCAGCAGCAGCAGCACUCGCUGCAUCUGUUCCUGCUGGAGGAGGCCUCUCCUUCCCCCUCAAUCCAAAUCCGCAUGCCCCACAAAAUUGCCCGGGAGAGUGGAGCGCAAAUUGACUGUUGCGAAGCAGAAGAUCCCGCUUUCUGUGCUUACUACAGCAGUGGCAGGUUGUUGGGAUUCUUUGAAUUGUGCAAUAUUUUGAGAUUUUUCAAAGGUGGUUUUGUGGGGAGCUUGGUUGCUGCUGAUGCAGGAAACGCUUUGCCCAUGGGACAUUUGUUUGUGAGUGCUUAUGCCCUACGCUUCUUGGAUGAUGCCUCAAUACCCAUUUUGGCUGAUUUAAACCUUGGAGAUUGGUUUGGGGGUUUGCUAUAUUCGGCUGGACAGCAAGCCAAUGAAGCUGUUCAGAAUCAGUUGUCUGCUCUCAGUUUUACUAGCGUGGCAGUUAUUUUUGGUGCAGGACUUGUUACUAGUCUAUCCCCUUGUACAUUGAGUGUUUUGCCCCUUACUCUAGGCUAUAUAGGAGCUUUUGGUUCGGGAAAAAGUCGAGCUGAGGUUAUAGGAAAUUCACUGGCCUUUUCAUUAGGAUUGGCGACAACAUUAGCCAUCCUAGGCAUUGCUGCUUCAUUUGCUGGGAAAGCCUAUGGACAAGUAGGGCAAGGACUUCCUUUGGUUGCUUCGGGGUUGGCUGUUGUUAUGGGCUUAAAUCUUUUAGAGAUAAUUGAAUUACAACUCCCGUCAUUCUUCAACAAUUAUGACCCACGUGCAGCUGCAGCUAACUUCCCUUCAAGUGUGCAAGCAUAUCUGGCUGGACUUACAUUUGCAUUAGCAGCAUCGCCUUGUAGUACACCCGUUCUUGCUACUCUUCUCGGAUAUGUGGCAACUUCAAGGGAUCCAGUUGUUGGAGGAAGCUUGUUGUUGACAUAUACAACUGGAUAUGUCGCGCCUCUUCUGGUUGCAGCAUCUUUUGCUGGUGCAUUGCAGAGCUUGCUUUCCUUUCGAAGAUUUUCAGCUUGGAUAAACCCUAUAAGCGGGGCGCUCUUACUGGGUGGAGGAAUUUAUACCCUGUUGGAUAGGCUAUUUCCAGCCUCAUCAAUGGCAAUGUAGCUAUUCUUGUGGAUAGGAGACUGAUUGUAACAUACAAGAGAGAACAUAAGCCAUUCCAUUGUAAGAAAUCAUGAUUGCAAGAAAUUACCGUCCCUGUACUAUGCUGCUUGGCUGUUUAAAAUGAAAGAGUAGUCAGGUUUUAGUCCAAAGAGCAGAAUUCAAUCCUGACAUGUUUUUUCCUUUUUUUUCUUUUGAUAGUGAUGGUGAUACUUGAACCAGGCAUGUCUUAUUCAAAUUGUAGAGAAUGGUGUAGACUUGCAGAAUUAACUUUUGUCGCUAAGACAUGUUUUGUAAUUGAAUUUGCACAUAGGAAGCUUGAUCUUGAUCUUGAUCUCUCAUGCCUUGUCUAUAAAUUUUUUAUCUAUUGAACGAA